CAUAAGGAUUGACAGUUCCAGAUAGCUAGCAGUUUAUUAACUAUGUCACAUGGUCAACAGGUGAUUUAAGUUUCAGUUUCCGUUAUGGCACGUAGCCUUUCACUUUUGCUGAUGGCAAACUUUCGAGACACACAGUGAAAGUAUGAGAAAUGUUCAGACCUUCAAAGCUGCUUGGAGCAGACUAUGGAUUUUACAGUGAAAACUUUGACUUGUCUGUGGCAGGUAUUAAGAUGAAGGGACUCCAGGUAUCUGAGUUCUGAGAGUACGUCACUCUACUGACCACAGCUAGGCCAAGACUUGAGAUAGGAAGUUGACAGAACAGAAGACUCAUAAUAGCUAGGUCCUCCAGAUCUUGUAUGAUAUUACGGUCCUCGUCUGUAUUGGCAAUACCUUCCAACUUUGUGUCAUCUGCAAAUUUUAUUAGCACACUCCCACGUUUUGUGCCAAGGUCAUGAAUGAAAAUGUUAAAUAAGAUUGAUCCCAAGACUGAUCCCUCAAGGGCAUUACCUCUGCUGAAUAUCAAAGGAGCCAGCAACUAGGAAGAAUGACAUCUACCAGCGUAAUUAAAAAGAUGUUUACAUGUACGCUUUCUGGAAUGGACAUGUAGCAAUGGAAUUAGUUUAGUAUUCUAGCAAAGAACAUAAAACUUGAAGUCUCUUUAUUUUGAUUCAAUUUUCCAUACUGAAAAUAUACACUACAGCUUUGCUUUAUAGAAAACAUGCUGAGAAGGUUGUAUCACUAGAUGUAAGAGUGUAUUUAGACAUGCUCUGACUUCUUCUCCUUCUUAUAUUAAGUGAUAACACAGUGACAAUAAUGAAAAACUAACUCAGAAUGAAAUUUACUAAGUGGAAUUUUACUAUGUCAGUUCUUGGAAUUGUAAUUUAUGUAGCUGAUAUUGCAGCAGAUAUCUGGGUCACUAGUAACUAUUUCUGUGAGGGACAAUAUUCUUUGGGUAUCUUGACACUGGUUUUUAGGUUGCUGUCAUCAAUAAUAGUACAGAUAUUUAGUUAUGAAUGGUUUAAAGACGACUGUGGAAGCCCUGAUCCUGGGAAGCUGAACUGGAUUUUUCUACUUCAUUUCUUGCAUGGUGGAAUUUUUACAAGGUAUUGGUUUGCAUUGAAAGAUGGCUACCAGGCUGCUUUUAAACAAAACAGCUCAGGAGAUCAACUUACUGGGGGCCCUGCCAGUAUCAUUCAUAAAUGCGCCAUUGAUGCAGUGACUGAUAUUAGUAUGCUCAGGGUAUUUAAGACUUUCCUGGAGACCACACCCCAGCUCAUUCUUCAGAUUUACAUCCUGAUGGAGCAUGACAAGGCUGCCUUCAGUCAGUACGCUUCCAUCAUCACAUCUUUCUGCAGCAUUUCCUGGUCAACUCUUGACUAUCAGAUAUCAUUACGAAAAUCUCUGCCUGAUAAUAAUCAAUUUUCUGGGGUGCCUCCUAAGUUAAUCUACCUCUUGUACAAACUGUUCACACUGACUUCUUGGAUACUGAGUAUUGCACUGGUCACCCAAUUAAAUAUCAUAAGUAGUAUAGUUCUGCUAAUAUUUCUUUGGACUUUGGGCUUCAGCUGGACUUUGAAGCAACACACUACGUUUUGCAAAUCUAAGAGGAUGGAAUUUUUAUUCAGGACUGUUGUUGGGAUCAUUCUUAUUUUUACAUUUUUUAAUGUCAAGGGGAAAAAAACAAAAAUGUAUAUUUCUAGUUAUUAUGCCACUCAUAUGGUUGUAACUUUAGGCAUAAUGUGUGUGUGUUUGUUCUGGAAGACUUCAGUUACUGAGCAAUUAUAUUUUACAUUUGUGAGCAUCACAAUUGUUCUCACUCUGGGGUUAGGUAUUAUUUGUCUUUUUGUUUAUUAUAAAUUUUUCCAUCCCACUAUUUAUUUCAAACAAGAGAGUGCUUCAGAUAAAGUUGAUGGACUACCAAGAGAAAGAGAAGAAGAAAUCAGUAGAAUAAGAAAUUUCAUAAUGCCAUGAACAUUAUAGAAUUAUGUGAAUUUUUAAAUAUGUGCAAAUCAAAGCAAAUACUGCCUGGGGGACUGUUAGUUACUCUGUCUUUACUUUUCAUACUUGCAAUGAGCAUUUCAAGUAAAAUAAUUGCUAAUGGGAAUGGUAGUAGUUAUCAGCUCUGAAUAAUUAUUGGUUCUGCUGUACUACUCUACAAAGCAAAGACUUUAUAAAAUGAACUAAGCACU